GGGAGGGGAAUGGGCUCAUCUCCCACAGAUCACAGGGCUUCAAGAAUAUCUCUGAUCAUAGCACUUGCUAUUUAGCCACUCAGUGCAAACCCCAACAGUGGACAGGUACAGGUGGACUUUACCCCAGUGAGGUAGACCCCUGAUUGGAACAUAAGUGAGUUGCAGCCAUGCAAAUCCCAGCUUAUAACUAUUUACCAUAGGGGCUUGGCUAGGGAGAUAAUCACACAGCUAGGGAGAGCACACACAGCUUAAGCCUGUUGGGGCUGGUGGCAGGGUGCUUGCAGUGAAAGGCUCUAGAACCUGGGGUUCAUUUCUCCCAUUAGCUCAAUAGAAGCUGUUCUGGCCUCUGUGGCUGUCUGUGGUGCCCAUCAGUUUCUUUGCUUCUAGUAGAUGCAGUUGGGUAUGGUAUUCACUCCAACAAGUCUGACAAUCAGCUCUGGGGCAUCUCAUGAUGGACCCCUUACAAUCCACAGUCACAUCUGGAAAUCGCACAUGCCGUGUGCAGUGGUAGCACGGUUAAAGUGGGCAACUGGAAGUCAAAGCUCCUGGAUGCAGCUCUCGGACACUGCUUGGCUGUGCAGCAUGUGGCAAAGCAUGAGCAGAAGUAUUUCCAAGGGAGUCCAGUUGGGUGGUCUGCAGAGGCUUGGCCAUCCAGCUGUUCAUGCUCAGGGGCAAAGGGGAUUUUCAAAGGAAAAGACAGGAAGAGCAAGACCUGCUCAUCACUCAGCCCUUGAAGAAUGUUAGAAGUGGGUUGGGGAGCACCAGUUAUUUCUGAGAUGACUUGCUGAUUCGCAUUGCAAAACCCUGGUGUCAACUGCUUAUACAUUUACAAGCUGUAACAAGAGCGAUCAGCAUCUGAAAUGUUAUCAUAAGACAUGAGCACAAGGUGAGCAAAUUUCAGGCUGUAUGGAGAACUCCAGUGCUGGCAUUUGCCUCACUUCUGAGCACCUAGCUUUUCAGCCUUAAUAAUAAUCUUUGGAUCUUGCAAUUUGGUGUAUAACUGAAGGUAGAGGAGGAAAGAACAGAGCAGUGAAGCUGGUUGCUGAAAAUUAUCAUGAAGCGGGAUAGACACAAGGAAGAAGACUGAGCUAUAAUCCUCAUUUGUGUCCAAGCUGAAUGGGUUUUUGUAGGCUGGGGGCUCUGUGACUGCCCUGAAAGAGUUAGUCAAGCUGGAGAGGGCUGUUACGGGAAGGCAUUUAUACUCCUCUGUCCUAUGAAGUGGUUUGAAAAUUGAACCUUUGUCUGGGCUCCUCUGCUUGGCAAGUGAUCUAUUGCAUGGAUUAGCUGAAAUACGUGCUCCUAGCCUAUAUUAUUCUUAUCUGUAUGGCUUGUGCCAUGCAGGCGGUCAGAAUGGAUGAUCUCAAUGGCCUUGUUGCUCCUUGCCACCUGUGAAUUGGUAGGCUGGGCUGUGUGUUCUCAUAGCUUACAGGCUGUGUCCGCAUGCAAGGUUUGGCAGCAGCAUUACCACACGUGUGCCUUUCUUAUCUUCUGGUGUUCUUGGCUGUAGCAAAGAUGAAAUUUCCUCAAGCUGGAAGAAUGUGGUUUUUGCCAUUCACAACAAAGCCAGCAAAGCAAUUCUGUUCACAUCCAUUCACGGCAUGGGUGCGAUAUGAUCUGCCAGUGCCUGCCUGUUUCAUAAUGACAGCGUGUUUCCAUUGAAUGUUGCUCUGUCUUGUGCAUGUUUGAAGCCACAAGUGGUUUAGUGGCUUUGUCAUAGCAAGGUUUGUGUCAUUGGUCCUCUACCAAUUUUAUUUUUGGCUUAGAUCUCAUGCUGCAAGCAUUGGCUCCACAGAGGGUGAUAGUGAGCAAAGGGAGCCAGCUGUGGGCAGUUAGGCAGUUUCUGUGUUCAGGUAACAAAGCAUCCAGAGAUUGGAGGACUCUUGCUAUUUUUUUGUAGCAUUGCUUUUUUUUUUCAGUGUCUCAGCAGGACUGUUGUCUCUUUCUUCUCCUGUCUGCUAUGAGGGAGCAGCUUCAUUCAUUUUAUUUUCUGCAUCCUGUCGUACUCACAACCAGGCUCCCCUCCUCCUGUGGAUGGUAAGGAACUCAUAUCCUGUCAAGAGGUGGAGCCCUUCUUCACUGUCCCUCUCCAAGGGGAAGAUCCUAUCUCUCCUCUUCCUCAUCAUUCCCUAACAGCAGAAGGGAGAGACUCUCCUCCAUUUCUUCUUCCUCACCGAUAGCCGCCUUCUUUGCUUUUUCCUGUUUCCCCUCAGCUGUUGUGAGGAUAUGACUCCUCUUUCUUUUUCCCUCCUCCCCCAGCUAAGCAGAGUGGCUCUUUCCAUCCCUUUCCUUCCUCUUCUGCAUACUCUGAUCGUUUUCCUCCAGGUCAGUCUUCCUCUCUCUGCAGUCACCUCUGGUGCUCUCAGCUUUCCCACACCAAAGUAAAACGUACCAGAUUCAGUUCUGUGUGGCUGUCUGCUGUGGUCUGAGCACAGUGAAGCAGUCCAGAGCCUGCGAAGUCUCAUUGAGGAAUGUGAUGGGCUGCAGGAGCUGUGUUCCAGAGACGCUCAGUGAGCAUAAGGAGGGAUGUGAUUCUGCAGUUUCAUCACUGCUCAGACUGCUGCAAGCAGCGGCAGGGGAAAUGAAUCAAGCCUGGUAGCCUUCGCUCUGCCGAUGCCUGCACUCACCAAGGAAAAGCUCCAAUUCAUCGCUGGAGAAUUCCUUUUGCAAGCCCUGCGUGUGCUGAUGUUGGACCGUGGCUGCCCCUCUGCUGAGUCCUUCAUCUUUCCUCAGGCCUGUGUUGAAAUCUCAUUGUAUGAAGACUGUGUCAGAAGGCAGCAUGUCUCACUGAUGGAGUCUGAAGAGACCAGUGAGGGAAGCCUGGCUUCCCCAGGAACCAGCAGCCCCAGCAAAGAAAGCCCUGAACCUCUGCCAUCCGGAAGGGGACAACAUACCACCACUGAGUCUGUCAUGAUGUGCAUUGGGCUUUCUGCCUCUGCCCUCAUUCCCCAGGACCCUGUGAGCCUCCUUUCUGCUGAGCAAGCAGCAGAGAUGUGGGACAGAUCCCCCAACCCUGUGGAAGAAGUGCCAGCAGAGCUGGAACCAGAGGAGGGAGAUGUCAGGCACUGGGAAGGAUUCCUGGAGCGGGAGGGAGAUCCUACAGUACUAGAGACGACUCCACUGGAGAAGGAGAAAUGGGUCCAGCCUUUGAACUCUGACCAGGGAAAGUUAGAACACCCUGAAAGCAGCCAGUAUUCUUCCUCUCCCAACCCAGUUGUGGGGGUGCCAAGCCCUACCCUAGACACCCAUGUUAAAUGUCCUCAGGACCAGGCACAGGUCUGGGCAUCUCUUGAUGCUGUCCCCCAGGUACAGCAUGAGGAAAGCUCUGCGGCAGAAACUGUUUGUGAUCAGAGGGAACCAGCCACCAAACAUUUCCUGGUGUGUAAGACCAUUUCAGAGGGUUGUUACAAGACUGAGCCUUUGCAUGAUGGUAUUAUGAGGGAGCCCCUGAAGCAGACAGAGGCCGUAAGUGGGAUCAGCAAUGAUCCUUUACCAAGGGCAAAAGAAGCAAUAGGUGAGGACCCUUUUCCUGGGACAGAGACAGUGGGCAGGAUGACACCCAAGCCUUGUAUGGAUAAUGGUGACAAGGGCCAAGAAUUCCAGGGAGGGGAAGAUCCUUCCUCUCCACAUCACCCACCUCACACUUUCUCGGGGAACAGCCAGGGAAAGACACAAUUGACUGGGGAAAACACAGAAGGAGAGAUAGGGAGCAAUUCUUCAAUCUCAGAUCAGGGAGUGGAAAUGGUUUCUAAGCAAAGUCCCUCUGGUCCUAUAGAACCCUGCCCCCAAAAGGAGGAGGAAGACCAUGGUAGAGUAGAAGGCAGUAAUACUGAAUCACCAAGACAAAGCAUCUCCCAGGCAAGGACUGCUGCAGAAAAUAUGGAAGAGGUGGAUGAGUCCCAGCAUGAGGAGCCAGAGCAGGGGGAGAUGAAAGAGGAGCCUGAACUGAAGCAGACAGAGUUGCAGGAGCAAAUGCUGGGAGAGGAGGAGCAGCCUGAUAUGGACUCACCAGAACAGGAGUUGAAAAAUGGGGAGGAUGGAGGAUGGAAUAACGUGGGCCAGGAGCCAGGGGGGGAAACAGUGGAGAUAGAGGCUCCACUGCAAGUAUUGAGUCCAAGGACACAUUUAGUCUCCCAGCCCAAAGUGGAUCUCCACAGUUUGGGAGACAGCAUUUCUUUGGCUGAGGGGAUAGGACCAGCCCUUCCUUCUGAGGAACCUGUCUCCCAAGGGCAGCUCCUGUGUGAGGGUAUAUUGUCAAAGGCCUGGGCAGAAGCCCAGCCUGAAGAAGUGAUGUCUGGUGAUCUGAGCCCCGUGAGCAGGAGUCCCCUGACACAUUCCCACACCUGCCACAUCUCUGAGCAACUGGAAGGCCCAGGGAUCUCUGGCACUUCUAGCUGCAUUUCUAUUAGCAGCCAAGACUGUGGAGAAACCACUCAGGAUGACAGAACCAGCAACAGCAAGGACUGUCACUGCAGUGGAGACAGGCCAGACCAGAGCUUUGCUGAUGGAGGAGAUAUGCCCUUCAGUGGAGAAGCAAUAUCCCCCAGAGGUGCAGAGAAUCUGGACUCUUCCAGGCCCAUGCAUCUUUUUUCUGAUGCUAAAAAGGUAGAGUCACCUAGCCCUACAGAUCUCCAUCUUGUUGCAGAAAGCCCAGAGAUUCCCAGACAUCAGGAUCUCACUCCAGCCUCACCCUCAGAUCUCAGCGUGGCAGCAGCACCCACUGAUCUAACUCAGGAGGGUGGUGGUGAGAAAAGAGCUGACCAAACAAAGCAGGAGAUGACUAAGCAGGCUUCCUGUCUGCUGGACGUGGUGCCUGGUGAAGGAGCCCCAGCAUCUGCCAGCACAGUAGAUGCCCAGACUCCCCAGAGGCUGGUUACCUCUGACAAAGCCCUUCAUGAAGAGCCUGGCACCCAAACUUCCUUCUUCACAGCUUCCAGACAUCCCCCUUCUGGGCACAGCCCGACCAAGGAUGGCAAGUGCACAGAACCCACCCCUUCCCCUGCAGAUUCGGUACCCCUGGAAUCACCCCAAACACUAGACGGGGCUCCUGCACCAUUGACCUGUCAGGAAAACCUCCAGCAGCCCCAAAAGUCGCACUCCAGAAUCUUUGUUUUCCAGGGAAAGGAAACAGGAGCAAACAUGGAUCAUGCAGUACAACAUAGCCCUUCAUUAGAUCAGUCUCAUUCGAGCCCAGACUUGGAAGAGGCUAUAUCCAGGACCCUCGAGGCCCCAAACACUGUCUUCCAGCCCUCUGAAGAAACAGUGGUCUUUGCCAUGGACCAGCAAGGACAGCCACCAUCUCUAGUGCAUGACACCAGCCUUCCCCUAGCUCCUGACCCUGAUGUUACCCCACUUCCCCAGCCUCCAUCCCCUGUGACUGACUCUACCCAGUCCUCAGCCCUUGAGUCUGAUACCAGCCCCCCUGCCCUUAUACUUGACACUGACCCACCAUUGCUUCCCAUACCCAGGUCCAAUCCAUCUCUAGCCUAUACACCAGACUGUGACCACUUACCAGGCACUGAUCCUAGUGCCAGUCACCCCAUGCAAACUGUAGUCUCUGUGCCUGAGGACGACAACCUUGGUUCAGCCUCUGACUUCAACAGAGGUGAUGGAGUGGAGAAGCAGCCCCUCAUGACCAAGAAAGAGGAGAUGAUGAAGCUCCAUCAAGAUUUCAGGGACUCAAGGAGACAGGAUGUGGGGGCCACCAGUGACUUGCAGGCAAGCCUGUUGGCUAGGAACUCAGAUUUUCCAAUGUGUGGAAAUGAGGUCUCAGAGGUGUGCUCUGAUGACAGCCGUGCAGCGGUGGAAAUGCACGAUGGAAAAUCCCCCCCAGACUGUGUCCCCACAGCCUUGCCGAGAGCCCAGAGAACACCUAGAGACACUCUGCCCAGAAAUUUGGUACAACCACUUCCAGCCCUAGCAUUCACCAACCCAAUCCAUUUUCUACAGUUCAGCCCUCCAUCCCCACCAACCAUCAGGACCCUAUACCGACAAAAACCAGUCACAGGGGAGCCACUGUGGGACCAACAACUGGAUAGCACCACUGGAGAAGAUACCAGGAGCACUCCCACUCCUGCUGCCAUUAUGAAGACAGCAGAGGGUAUGAGGCCAUGCAGACAUAGGGUGGUCGGGCAGGGAGAGUUGCUCCCCUCGCUGGCUCAGCAGGCGGAGGAAGUGACUAGGCACAUGCCCUUGGAAAAGUCAUCGAGUUGUCCAGAAAAAAAAGUCAUCAGGGUAGAGAUGCCAGAGCAGAAAGUCUUGGUUAAACUCCGAGCAAAAAGCAAAGACUGGCACCGGCAGGGCUUGAAGCGGGUCUCGGGACUGGCAGACAGCUUGCAUCAUGAGGAGGAAGCACCCAGAGUCCAGCCAGUCAGCUCAGAAACGGUUCUACUCCGGGAGAAGAAACCCAUAGACACAAGGGAGCAGUUCAGGCACCGACAUUCAAAACUGAUCAACUCCUCAAGGUUACUCUACCAGGAGUACAGUGAUGUGGCUCUGAACAAAGCAAUUCAGAGCCAGAAGAGAGCAGAUUCUUUGGCAGAGGACAUAGAACUGAGCUCUCCCAACUCCCCAAGGUUACGGAGGAAAGUGCUCUGUCCACAGGACUCGUAUCUGCAGCGCCUCUCUGUUUCGUCCAAUGCAUCUCUCUGGCAGGACAUCCCCAUGGUCCGAGGGAGCAGGAUGCUAAUGAACAUGUCCCGUGAAGAUCAGAAGCUACAAGAGGCCAAGUUUGAGUUGAUCAUGUCUGAGGCUUCAUACCUUCGCAGUUUGAACGUGGCAGUGGAUCACUUCCAACGAUCACCUGAGCUCCAGGCAGUCCUUUCCAAUCAAGAACGCCAGUGGCUUUUCUCUCGCCUCCAGGAUGUGCGUGACGUUAGUGCCAGUUUCCUUUCUGACCUGGAGGAGAAGUUCGAGGAGGACAUGUUCACCUUCCAUGUGUGUGAUGUGGCCCUGAGGCAUGCCCCAGAGUUUCGCCGGGUGUAUCUGCCCUACGUGACAAAUCAGACUUACCAGGAGCAGACCUUCCGGAGGCUUCUGAAUGGAAAUACAGGGUUCCAGCAAGUCCUGGAGAGACUGGAGAGUGACCCAGUGUGCCAGCGCCUCUCCCUCAAAUCCUUCCUCAUCCUCCCCUUUCAACGCAUUACCCGGCUCAAGCUCCUCCUGCAGAAUAUAUUGAAGAGAACACGGCCUGGCUGUGAGGAAGAGGUGCAGGCCACACAGGCUUAUGAUGCACUUGAGAAGCUCAUCAAGGACUGCAAUGAGAACGUCCAACGCAUGAAGAGCACAGAGGAGCUGAUCUACCUCAGUCAGAAGAUCGAGUUUGAGUGCAAGAUUUUCCCACUGAUCUCGCAGUCGAGAAGACUGGUGAAACGCGGGGAGUUGAUGGCACUGGAUUUCAACAGCUUGAGUACAAAGUGGAAAGUCACCACACGCCCUAUGUACCUGCACCUCUUCAAUGACUGCCUGCUCCUGUCUCGUCCCAAGGAGGGUGGGCGCUUUGUGGUGUUUGACCAUGCUGCAUUCUCAGACGUGCGCGGGGAGAAGUGCGAGGUGAAGCUGCAUGGAACAAACAAGAAUGUUUUCCGUCUCUUCCUGCUUCAGAACAACCAGGGGAAGAGAGUGGAAUUCCUCUUCCGCACGGAGACACACAGUGAGAAGCUGCGGUGGAUCUCUGUCCUGGCUCCACCACGAGGAGAACCUGAUCUCUUAGAAAGCCCAGAUGCACCCCAGGUUCAAUGCCUGAGGGCAUACAAAGCCAGGGAGAAUGAUGAGCUGUCCCUAGAGAAAGCUGAUAUCAUCAUGCUUAUGCAGAACAGCAACGACGGUUGGAUGGAAGGAAUAAGACUUUCAGAUGGAGAGAGAGGCUGGUUCCCCUCGGACUACGUGGAGGGGAUAUCCAGCAAACAUGUGCGGCAGAAGAACCUGAAAGAGGAACAGCGUGUGAAGAAUGCCAAGCAGCAGGUCUUCUGCCAGAAAUAAGUCCCUUUUUCCCAUACAGAUCCCUACCAUCUCCAUCACAUGGAGAAGCCAUGUUUCCUUAGUACGCUUCAGAACACGUGCACUUUUGCCAAGAUUGAAAGUCAGCAUUAGUUGCAUCAAACUGCUAUUACCAAAGAAAGAAGGAACCCUUGUGAGGAGAAAAAAAUAUAUAUAUAUAAAGAUCGCUUCCUUUGGGUCAUCAGGACUACAGAAGCAGUAGAAGAGGGGGAAGGGAAAGGCUGCACAUAUUGCUUACGUUGUGCCAAGAUGGACUGUAAUCAAAGAAACAAAGGACUGCCUGAGUCAGGACUCCUGGAAACCUAUUCCCAGCAUUGCUACUGACAAGAGGCAUGACCUUAGGCAAGUCAUCUGAGAACUCUGCCUCAGUUUCCCCAUCUGUAAAAUGGGGUCAAUACUUACCUACCUCACUGGAGUUUGUGAGGCUAAAUUCAUUAGUAUUUGCAAAGCGUUUUGGAGUUCCUGGAAAGUAAGGCAAUAUAGAAGUGCAAAGCACACUGUAUUUAAGAGUUGGGAAAAGCUUUACAUUUUCACCCUCUUUCAGGUCCUUUUAGGUAGUCUUGAUUCCCACAUGAUGCUGCCCACUUUGAACAAUUCAUCUAUGUAAUGGGCGAAUUUUUCUACUGAUGUAAGUAAGUAGGUGCUGUUCUGUUGGCUUGAAACAUGUUCUGUGCACUUGUGCCAGUAAGUUUCAUUGGCUUGUCAUUUGCUGGGUUUUUUUCUGGCCAGCAAGAGGGAGAAUUUUUUCCCCCCCGAGCAGUAUUGUUGCCUUCUUUUUGGCAAGAUGCUUUUCUUUCGUGAAAGCGUUCCAAAAUGACAAGAGAGUUCUGGCUGCUUUACUGAAGAUUUCUUGAAGAAGUCUCACUUGCAGGAAGUGCUGACCACCCACCUUCAAAAAGUGAGUCCCUUUAAGGCGUCUCAAGUUGGACCAGUGGGUCACUCAAACACUCGUCUUUUUUUUGCUUUAGUUUUAACUCCUUGGCGAAGGCUUUGUUUUUAGUUAUUGGUACGUGCCCUGCACAAAAUGACCAAGGUUAAGGGAAGUGGAACUGCAUUGCACAUACAUAACCUAUGACAGCCGAUGCGGUACUCCAUGCAACAUUUUGCACAAUUCAUAAGACACAUGGAAGUAGUCAGCCACCACAGAUUUUCAAAAACUGCACUUUGUCGAGAUUUUAUUCCUGUACAGGCUCAUCUGGCUCCAAGUACAAGUUUGUGUGCUGUCCUGCUUUUCUGCAUAUUCUGUUUGUGGGUAAACACUGCUUCAACUAUACUUUUUUAUUUUUUGCUUCUCUGUUAAACAGGAGAACGGGGUUUUGCAUUUAAUUAUGUUAAUGCAAGAUCAAGACUGAGAAUUUAAAACACACCAAAGACAGAAAGCAAUAUGCUUUCUAAUGCAUUCUAAUAUAUUUAGAGAGUAAUCUACUUUGCUGUUUCUGGCUCUUGGUUUUUUGUAGUGCCCUUUCUGCCUUUAAAGAUCCUGUUUAUAACGUACCAGACACAGCUUGUUUCAGCCUGUGUGUCAGUUGUUUAAGCUGGAUUUAAAGAGAGACAGAAAAAAAAUACUUAAGAUGCUUUUUAGUCCUAAUAAACUCGUGCACUUCUCUCAUUAAUAUAUA